GCGAACGUCGAUUUCGCGAGAAAAUCAAUAUCUCACCAACUUCCCUUUUCCCACUCUCUCGACAAAAUAAAAAAGUCGCAGAGAAUAUCCUUCCCAGUUGCGAUUCGCUUUAAGUGCUCGGCGGCGGACUCUCCAACGCUUUUCUCCUUCAACUAAACCCUCUCUUACUUCUCUGCCCCGCCUCUCUGCCAAACAGGAAAAAAGAAGGGCGCUCUGUUUUCGGAUCGCGAAAAUGCAGAGCGCAGCCUUCACUCUGUCUUCUUCUCCCUCGCUUCCUCUUCUUAAGCCUCCGAGUCAAAGGUCUCUGGUUAAUACUAGCUUUACUGCUAGAUUUGAUCCUAUUCUCGCUUCUUCUAGACGUCAGGAUCUAGAAACUUCCAGCAAUAUUGUUUUCCCCCGCCGAUCCUGGUCAUUGGCUUUGUCUCCCUCGCAGCUCAGGCCCUGGAAUCCUCUGCCACCUCUUGUUUCCGAGACUAAAACUGACUUGUUCCAGGUUAAGGCGACGGCAGUGCCGGAGAGUGCUGGUGAUGGCGAGAAGUCAAGUAGCUUGGUCAAGACUUUGGAGCUUGGAUUGUUGUUUGGGCUUUGGUAUCUUUUCAAUAUAUAUUUCAAUAUCUACAACAAGCAGGUUUUGAAGGUCUUUCCAUACCCAGUAACUGUUACUGUAGUUCAGUUUGCUGUUGGGACAGUUCUAGUUAUUCUUAUGUGGGCUUUCAAUCUCUACAAAAGGCCAAAAAUUAGUGGAGCUCAGCUUGCUGCAAUUGUGCCACUGGCAGUGGUUCACACUUUAGGCAACCUUUUCACUAAUAUGAGUCUUGGGAAAGUGGCUGUUUCAUUCACUCACACAAUCAAAGCCAUGGAACCUUUCUUCUCGGUUAUUCUCUCUGCUAUGUUUCUUGGUGAGUUACCUACUAUAUGGGUAGUUGGUUCCCUUUUACCAAUUGUUGGUGGUGUAGCACUUGCAUCAGCAACUGAGGCCUCUUUCAAUUGGGCUGGAUUUUGGAGUGCAAUGGCUUCCAAUUUGACAAACCAAUCUCGUAAUGUCCUAAGCAAAAAGGUCAUGGUUAAUAAAGAGGAAUCAGUGGACAACAUUACUCUCUUCUCGAUAAUAACAGUUAUGUCCUUUAUCUUGUUAGCCCCUGUGUCUCUCUUCAUAGAAGGUGUCAAGUUUACUCCUGCCUACCUCCAAUCUGCUGGGUUGAACGUUAAACAGGUGUACAUCAGGUCUCUUCUUGCUGCAUUAAGCUUCCAUGCCUAUCAGCAGGUUUCCUACAUGAUAUUGCAGAGGGUAUCCCCUGUUACCCACUCUGUGGGCAAUUGUGUGAAGCGUGUGGUGGUCAUUGUGAGCUCUGUCAUCGUUUUCCAGACGCCUGUCUCACCUAUAAACUCUCUCGGGACUGGGAUUGCCCUUGCGGGUGUUUUCUUGUAUUCGAGAGUGAAGCGCAUUAAGCCAAAGCCAAAGACAGCUUGAAGUUAAAAGUUGAGUGGAGAAAGUCACUUUAAAUUGGGUCGUUAGAUGAUAGUAAGGAGCUCGUUUGUAGAUCACCCAGAAAUUUUAUUACUUUUUUCUUUUGGUACUCCUUGGUUUUGUCAUUUCCUCCAUUUGGAUGAUUCUCCCCAAAAAAUUUAUACGGAGAAAUAUGCUGCUCAGGAAUUCCUUCCCCUCCCCCUUUCUAUGAAUCUUUUUGAGGUUGGUGUGCAAUAUAAUUCUAACCAGUGUUGUCGAAAA